UCACGUUCUGCGAUAUUCGAACUUUAUAUCAAAAAGAGCGCAAAAAUUUUUUUUUUUUCCACCUCAAAAAGUGCACUUCACAAAUUCGCGAAUAUAAUUAAUUGAAUAAUUACAUACAAUUAAUCACUCGUGUUAAUUCUUAUUGUAGACUUUUUAAAAAAAAAAACAAAAAUCCUCAAUCUUCAUGAGAGAAAUUUUGCAAAGUAUCGAAGAGUACUUUCUCCACUUUGCAGCAAAUAAUCAUAAUUUCUUUUCAAUAAUAAAAGUGAAUCUCAGUGGAAGCAUUCAUUUCUAUAUAUCACCGUCAAUAUAUACAUAUAUAUAUAUCUAUGUAUGUUUUCAAAACGUUUGAAUUCGUUCUUUAUGAAAAAUAAACAUAAUUUUUUAUUCUUUUUUGAAAAUGUGAACUCGAAUAAUAAAAUUGGAUUUUUACUGAAUUGCUGGUAAAGAUGUUUUUUGGUCAACGAGGCUGAGAGCAAGAUCAACUCGCUGAAAAUAAUUGAGAUCAAUGUAUUUUACAAGCGUGCAGAUGAGAUGCUAGUGAAAGUACAGAGUGUAGGUAAACUUGAAGUCGCGGUGGAGCGACGUUUACACAGUGUCAACAAAAGUAACCACACAGAAUUAAAAUAUACAAAAUGUAUAUACAUUAACGGAAGCUGUGAAAAUAACAAAAUCUGAAUAAUAUGCGAGGCAAAUGGAAAAUUGAAAUCACAUAUCAUCAUCAUCAUUUAAAAAACUCUUUCAAUACAAAAUCAACCUGUUUUGAAGAAGUACGUUAUUCAGUUAAUAACCAGAAUUCUAUUUGAAAAAUAAAAAAAAAAAAAAAAAAAAAAAAGAAACCACAAAUAAAAGAAGAGUAUAAGAAGGCGAAGAAGAAAAAAAAACAAAUUCAAGCAAAUCCCUGUCAAUGUCGCCUAGUCUGGAAAAUGCGAUAAUUAAUCACAGUUUCGUUCUUUUUCAGUCGCAUUGAAAUCUCACCAUCUCGUGACGAAUUGAUUUCCCAGAGGAUGACACGACUUUGAUAUUUUAAUAAUAAUGGCCUGCAUAUUUAUAAUGACUUUUUAACUUUGUGUUUGUGUAAUUUCUAUAACUUUUCAUUAACACAUUCACAAAAAAUAUAAUAAGCUUAGUUCUUUUUUUUUACAAGACAAACGAUUAUAAAGCAUCUCAUCUCAGUUCUCUCUCGGAGUUCAUUGAAGUUGUUCACCAAAAAGUGGGCUCUUCACUUUAAUUAGAUAUCUAUUGAAAUUUUUUUCUAUUUUAUACGAAAAUAUAGUGAUUUGUUUUUUCUCUCGACAUGAAACUCCUAUUAAAAUGUAAUCAGUGAUUUCUUUUGAAAAAAAAAGCGGAAAUUGAAUAAUAAAGUGUGAACGUUUAAGAAAUUAAUUAUUUAAUUGAAAAAUAAAAUGUCGACAAGUUAUUUAAUGACAGUUGGUUUACUUUUUUUUGGUGUAGUGCGAUGGUGUGAUAGUUAUAAUAUUUUAAUGGCAACAAUGGGAGGUACAAAAUCUCAUACGAUCCCCUUUAUUGCCCUUGGUACGACAUUGAUUUCAAGAGGUCACAAUGUCACCCUUCUCAGUGCAUUCAGUGGAUCAGCAGCAAAUAAUGGUCUUCAAGAAGUGGUUCCCUCCAUUCUUGAGGCCUAUGUAGGUAAUUAUACAUCGGAUUGGGAUUUGGUGGGAUCGAGAUUUCGAAAUGAAUUGCCAAUUUCCCCUUGGGACGCAAUGAGAUAUGGAUGGGAAGCUUGCGAGGCAUUGCUGAGGGAUGAAACUUCCGUAACGGUUUUGAGAAAACCAGAAGGCAACCCUCAAGCUCGCUGGGACGUUGCAAUUUUAGAUGGUGCUUAUCCUGAGUGCCUGCUAGGGAUUAUUCACAGCGAACGGAUACCCACUAUCAUGUUGAAUACAGUCGCUCUAUACAGUGGUUCAAUCACACGUCAAGGGAAUCCAUCCCCAUGGGCUAUCAGACCCUAUUUCGGCAAAGCUUUCACGCAAGAUAUGAAUUUCUUUCAAAGAGUUUUAAAUGUCGCAUCUCUGAUGACUUUAGAAGUUAUGCAUUGGAUCAUGAUUACGGGAUAUUUACAGCCCACUCUAAGAAAAUAUCUAGGAGAUCAAGUCCCAGACGUGAGGGAUCUUGUUUCAGAGGUACCAUUAACAUUGCAAAAUAAUCACUAUUCUGUAGCUGAUUCUGUUCCCAAUUUGUCAAAUGUGGUUAACGUAGCGUGCCUUCACUGCAGACCAGCCAUGCAGUUAAGUCCUGAAUUAGAAUCUUUUCUUAGACGAGGAUUUAUCUUCGUUUCAAUGGGUUCGUCCGUCCGAGCAUCCGGAAUGCCGGAGGCUCUUCGAUCGAUGUUUGUGGCAGCCUUCUCAACCCUGCCAUUCAAUGUCGUUUGGAAAUGGGAAGGUGGUAAGAUUAAAGAUCUACCGCCAAACGUCAGAACUGGUGCUUGGUGGCCUCAACAAGAACUUUUGGGACAUCCCAAAUUACGUGCAUUUGUAUCCCACGGUGGCCUGCUGUCGCUUCAUGAAGCUGCUUACCACGGUUCUCCAACCCUGGUACUUCCGGUCUUUUGCGACCAUGACGGAAAUGCCGCACAGGCUGAAAAACUUGGAUACGCCCUCGUUGUGGAUUUGGCUAGUAUAUCGAUAAACGAUCUUCGGGAAAGUAUUUUAAAAGUUGCUUCUCUUGACAAAAACUCUUACAGAGAAGCUGCUAAAAGAAGAAGUGUGCUGUUAAGGGAUCUUCCAGUAGGAACAAAAGAAUUGGCUGCAUGGUGGGUGGAACACGUGUCAAAGUAUGAGGGAGCUGAACAUUUAAAAAGCACUGCCAGAAACAUGGGUGUUUUGCAGUACUAUUCGCUCGACGUGGCUGCUUUUUACUUGAUUAUUUCACUGGUUUUAUUUUUCGGAGGAAAGAACUUAUACCUAAGAGCAGUAAAAAAGCAAUUUACAUCUAAGAAGAAAGUGGAGUAAUCGCCACUUUUUUUUCACACAAGAAAAGUAUUAAAAAUAUAUAAUUUAGAAUGUAUAAUUAUGUAAUAUUUAUUGUCUCAAGUUUUUUGUACUUUUUCAAAACUGAAUUUAUUCUCGAAAAACUACAAAAAAAUAAAAAAAAAAUAAACGUAAAUAAGAUUAUAAAUUUUAAGUAGUAUCGUAUAAUGUGAACAAUUCCCGUUGUGAAAGAAUUAGUGAAUUUUGUAAAAAAAAAUUCUUGGUAUUUUUUUAACAAAAAAUAUUUUUGUUAAAAUGAUGUGUUUACAAAUUAUAAAAUUUGUAAAGUUCAAACAUCUAUUACAUGGAUACGCAUAUGUAGUCAUUGUUAUAAAUAAUUGUAAUCUACUAUUUUUCUAAUAUAUUUAAAAUUCAAUUAUAAUUUAUAUUAUUUUACAGAAUUUCCGAGAUGCAUAAAAAUUAAUUUGUUAGAAUUUUUAUUUAAUAGAAUUUCAUUAGGGUCAUUUGGGGUAAAUGUAAACGGAUUUGCUUAGUUUCGACAAUAACGUAAGUUUUUUAUUUUAAAAAGCAAUACUUCCGGUUUUCUACUGCAUGAACUUGUUACUUCACUUCCCUAGAAACAUUUUAUGAGGUACAAAAAAAUAUUGAUCAACUUGAAUCGCUUAAAACUGACUGUUUACAUUUACCCCGAGAUUUUGAAAUUUUCCCAAAAUUCGGGGUAAAUGUAAACACCUCUGUAGUUUAAAGAGAUUUAAGAAAAAAGUUAUCCCAAGUAUACUACUGUGUAAAGGGAUGUAAAAACUGAAAAAAAAUUCUUGGUAGAUGUAAAAUAAUUGAACCAAUUGAUUGAUAUGCAACAUAUAAAAUAAGCAAUCAUUACCAUAACAAAACUAGUAAUGUAAAAACUUGAAUAACUUCAAUAAAUUUUAAUAGAUUUUCAUUCAACUUCGUGAAAAUAAGUUUUUAAGGUUGCUGAAUAAGAUUCUAAAAUCGAAUUUUUAAAUUUCAAAAUGGCGGAUCCAAUAUGGCGGAUGAACCUAAAAAUAUUUUUAAAAAUUGAUCAAAUUUGCUUGAAUCUCGCUACUCGGGGGUUUUUGAGGUCACUGAAUACGAAUUUGAAGACAAAUUUAAAAUUUCCAAUCAAUCCACCAAUUACUCAAUCAACCAAUUCAUAAAUCAAUCAUCCAAUCAACCAAUCAAUCCAUCAAUCCAUCAAUCAAUCUAUCAAUCAACCAAUCAAUCACUCACUCUUAUUCUAGGAUUCCUACGUACCUGAAUUUUAUUCACCAAUCGUGAAGAAUCGCUUUCCUAUAUUUUAAACACGUAAAUGCACUAUGCAAUACUAUGCAGGUCUAUACCUGCAACUGACUAACACGAAGGAGAUAUAAAAGAAGAUCCAAUUUCGUUUUUUAUGUAAUUUUACAGGGCGAAAAUAAUGUAAUUGUGAAAUAGAAGCAAAUUUAUUCAAUUAUUUUCUUUUAAAAUGCAGCAGAAAUUCUGUUUACAUUUACCCCGAGUUUUCGAAUUCUCGGGGUAAAUGUAAACACUUAAUUAUCUAUUAACUGAAUUGACGAAAUUAAAAAAUCAAAGUCAGCUUUUGUUAAGGGAUUCAUAAGGAAUAAUUAGAAAUUUUAGUUUGAAUUUUUAGUUCAUUUUUAUUCAAAUGCGAGACAAAAUACUGAAACAGUAAAACUUUGAUUUUCAAUCUUUCAUGCAUUAAGCGACAAAUUGGAGUAUGGCUUUGACAAUUGUCGAAAAAAAAAAUUGGCAAUACUCAGAACCUGUUUCAGGUGAGCUGAGGUUAAAAUAUUGGGGUCGAACUUAAUUUUAAGUCUGUAAAUUAAGCUGCAAUAUCUGCUGUUUACAUUUACCCCUUGUUUACAUUUUCCCCAAAUGACCCUAGAUACACUGAGAAAAAGAAUUAUUUGUUUCAAAUAUAAAGAUCAGUUUAAAAGUUUUUGUUUAACCCAACACAGUUUUUAUGUUUAAUUUUAACAUAUAGAAAAUAUUUUCUACUUUGGCUUAAAAUUAUUAUUUGUUUGAAUAAUUAUGUUUGAUUCAAACAUAUUUUCUGUUUGGCUUAAACUGAAAAUAUGUUUAAAAUUUUUAUGUUUGAUUUAAACAUAAAAAUUUAUUAUGAAUAAAUUGAAAUCAACUAUAAUUUAUGUUUAAAUUAAAUAUAUUUUCACAUUGAAUCAACCAGAGAAUAUAUUAAAUUUAAACAUAAAUAUGUUUGACUGUAUAACAAAGCUAUUUUAAGUUUGGGUUAAACAUAUUAUGUUUGAAU